CAGUGUCCAAAACCCCUCAGCAACUGAGCACGGUAGCGGUUGCUCAAAUUUUAGGGUUCAUCUCAUCGCGUUUCUGCAAAUUGCAACAUCUCAUCGCGUCUCUACACCUAGCUACCAUGGCGAGUACCAAAGUUCAGAGGGUUAUGACCCAACCCAUUAACUUGAUCUUCAGGUUUCUUCAAAGCAAAGUUCGCAUUCAGAUUUGGCUCUUUGAGCAAAAGGAUUUGAGGAUUGAAGGAAGAAUCAUUGGUUUUGAUGAGUACAUGAAUUUGGUUUUGGAUGACGCUGAAGAAGCAAAUGUCAAGAAGAAGAGCAGAAAGACAUUAGGGAGGAUCCUUCUUGAAGGAGACAACAUCACUUUAAUGAUGAACACGGGGAAAUGAUGAUAAGCUCAUGUUCCAUCCAACA